UUGUGACGUCGAAUGGCGGCGCCGGAAGUGUGAGCUGCGGCUUGUUGGAGGUGGAUGAACGACGCCAUGGGAGGCGAUCAGAGCCCGGCUCCCGAGAGGGAAAUGAAGAAUUUCCACUUCCGUCAGAUGAAGAAAAUCCGAAUCUUCGAUUCUCCAGAUGAGUUGCCGAAGGACAGGGUUAAUCUCCUGACUUUGUCCAAUAUUUAUGGACUGAUUUUUCUGGGCGGUAAAACUGGCCUGAAGAUACUGAACACCCAAUAUCUUUCCCUGGUUGACCAGAGCGAGGGGAACAUUAAUACAAUCAUCGAAGAUCCUCCUGUCAUGACAGUGAAUAUGAAGCUCCCAGUGCACCACAUUGGCCUGAGCUGUGACGAUUUCACCUUGUCUGUUGCUAUGACGUCGGAGGAGUAUGGGCUGGUCAUUGCCUUUUUCGAUGUACGAACGUUUUUGAACAAGGACAAGCUGCAGAAGCGACCGUUUGUGUACUACAAACCGGAGAAAAAAUGCACAGUGACCGAUUUGAAAUGGAAUCCGGCUGUGAACUGUAUCCUGGCCGUCUGCAUAUCCGACGGAAGCCUGACCAUCCUGGAGGUUACUGAUGUCAUUAAGCAGCAUGCCUCCCUUCCCCCUACAGCCGAGAUAACCUCAUUGUGCUGGAGUCCGAAAGGGAAGCAGCUGGCUGCGGGGAGGCGGAAUGGGACGGUUGUUCAGUACUCACCGGUUCUACAAGAAAAGAAGAUUAUCCCGUGCCCCCCUUUCUACACAGCAGACAAUCCAGUUCAAGUGUUGGAUAUCUGUUGGAUCAGCACGUACGUUUUUGCGGUGGUUUAUGUGGCUGCGGAUGGAUCACUGGAAAGCCCUCCUGAGCUUGUGAUGGUCUCCCUGGCGAAAAAGGAUGAGAAACAAGAGGACCAGUUCUUAAACUUUAACGACCUGUGCUUUGGGAUAUCGACUGAGAGGCAGCACCACUACUACCUGCAUUACUUUGAGUCUUGGGAUCUUAUCUUGGCCUCUUCAGCUGCAUCAAUUGAAGUCAGCAUUGUUGCUCGGCAACCCGAUAAGGUCAACUGGGAAGUCUGGGUCUUGGAGGAUGCAGCCCGCGCAGAAUUCCCUGUGACUGACAAUAGCGAUGACACAAUGCCAGUUGGUAUUGGUGUUGACAUCACCAAUCAGCAAGCAAUCGCCAUAGGCAAUGAGAAGACUUUCCCUCCUUCUCCAAUCUUGAUAUUGCUUUCAACAGAUGGGCUCCUAUGUCCGUUCUAUAUGCUCAACUCUAUACCUGGAAUGAAGUCACCAGUGAGAUCACCAGUUUGCCCACACAUUGAAGGGGAGAGAGAACCCAAGCCAGCUCAGGUAUCAAUACCUGCCCCAUCAGUACUGAUGCCAUCGCACGUUGCGACUGCUUUGCCACAGCAGUCUGCGGUGGCCAUGCACCCGCCGGCUUCCUUCCGUCCAUCUGUACUGCCAGUCAUCCUGCCGUCUUUCCCCAACUUCCCCAGGGUACCUGCCCAGACUCCACAUCCCAAAGAUAUGCCGACUGCUGAAGUCAAAAUCGAGCUGGAGGAAGUGUCCUCUUUGAGUGACAGUCAAGGACCUGGUGCCUCUGGAGCAAAGCUGAGUCCGGUACCACCUGCAAAAUUUGUCAGGUUCUUGGGGAGUGAAUCAUCCAGUGAGAUUGAGUGGCAGCAACAGAUGCAGCAGCUGCUGCCCUCUGCAGCACAAGGUCCAAUUCCAGGUACUGCAACGGGAAAGAUGGUGGUCGUCUCCUGCUCACUGACUUGGAAUGUUGCAAGAAGCAAUGCCUCGUCUUAUUCCAUUGACAAAGAACUAGUGCUUCUACUUAGUAAUGCAUUCCAAACCAGAUGGAGUGUUGCUACACAUCGCUUUGUCUUUUCUCUUCAGAGCUCUGCCUCCUUAGAACUGUCCGUGUCUGAUUUGGAGAAACAGCUGAAACAGCAUCCUGUCCUGGACCCUGUCAUGAUGGGAAUCAUGGAGGAGAUCUCUCUCUUUCAGAAGGAACUUGAUGAUUUGAAGGCCCGCACGGCACGCUCAAACUUUGAGGUUGGCAGCGCCAAGGAGAUGACCCUCCUGCGGUAUGAUUCCCAGUCACUGCACACCUUCCUGUUGGAGGUCAAGGAGAUAACAGAGACUCUACACGAAGAAAUCGGCAUUCUGAAGACGAUGAUGCUGGAAGGAUUUGCUGCUGUGGAAGAUGCAACUACACAUAAUGAGCGAAACAUGGACAAGAAUUACCUUCAGCUCCUGCGUCGAAAGCCCCUCAGCCCAAAGAACGAAGCCCAACUGAAGGAAAUUCGCCAACUGCAUCAGUACGUGAGGUUUGCCGUGCAGGAUGUGAAUGAUGUGUUGGAUAUGGAAUGGGAGCAAUACCAGGAAAAGAACAAGAAACACAAACACCUACUUCUACCAGAGAGGGAAGUGUUGUUCAACGCUUUGGCGAGUCAUCAUGAGAUCAUUACCCAGCAGGAUAAGAAGAUUAAUGAACUGAUUGACAGCCUGCAGAAUCUCCGUAUUUAUAACCAGACCUCCAAGUGGUGUGUGCCCAAUGAAAAGUGUCUGCUCAGUGAUCGUUGCUGGGAUACUGAGUUAGAGAUGCUGCGCAAUGUCCUGGUGAAGACUACCCUGGAUGGAACACCAAAAGGGACUUCAGCUGCUCCAGGUAAACUAUCUCCAGUGAAACAAUCCCAGCUACGGAACUUCCUUUCCAAAAGACAGACUCCACCUGUGAGAUCCACUGCACCAGCUAAUCUGUCCAGGUCAGCCUUUAUAUCACCAAAAUGUUAUGGAGAGUUGGAAGAGUCGAGUCUUAAGUCUACUUCGCUCCGCUUGGAUUAUGAAGGUCUUCAGGCCAAAGAGUUAAAACAUGCUCCUGUCACCAGGCUGCCCUCCUUUCCACCGUCGGCGAUUACCGCGCAGUCAACUCCUUACGGCAAAGGUCAGCCUCCAACUGGUCCCACCGCCACCACAAUUCCAAAGCCAACAGGUAAGAUGGUGAAACCUGGAGCACCAGCGGCUGAGAAGCCAGCCACCAGCCUUCCAGCUGCCCAAGCUGCUGCUCAGGCAGCUUUCCGGAGACAGAUGACCAGUCAGGUGCCAGCUGCAAGUGCGAGCUUCCCCGAACCUGAACAAAAAGAAGCUCCUCCAACCAUUGCGCUUCAAAUCCUGCCCAGUACAGGCCUGCCUCCGGGUCCACCAUCUGUCCUCAGCACUACUUUGUCAGCAUCUGAAACCGAGAUUGGGACUCAGGUCAAGCAGGGACCUGUGAAAGGGCCUGUCAAAACAGAGUCAAGUCCGUCUGGAUCAAGUUUACCAGACUCCUCCAUAUCCUCCUCGAGUUUGAUGGCCUCUGUCUCCAUAGAGAGCAUGCUGAAACCUGAGCUACCCAUGGUUACUGCUUCUGGCGAGCAGCUCCACAAAAUUUCCUCAUUCCCAGGAGCCUCCACUGGGUUCCAUUUCACAGCAAGCACAUCCUCAUUAAACGCGCUGAGCAACAAGGCUCCAGGAUAUCUUUUAGGUACAAAGGAUGCUAUUCGCUCCACCUUAAAAGUGCCCAGUAAAGUAUCCUUUGGAUUGGGAACGGACAUCCCCCCUUCACACAGGAGUUCAAAGUCCAGCUCUAGCUCUGUCUCUACAUCUGAGUCUGCAGUCACUGGCGUCUAUCCCCCUAAUGCUGUGAGUUCAGAGCUGCAACCAGCUGGCAGACCGGUUGUAAAUGGAACAACUCCUGAGUCUGCAAUCCCUGCAGCCGCAGGAAAACCUGAGGAUCAACAGUCCAGUUCCGAAACACAGCCUUCCAAACUGGAGUCUCGCAUUGAGCUUUACCCACCUAAAACUGAAGUUCCACUGCAGCCUGAACCUGAGAUUCUGCUGCAGGCCAGGCCUGAGGUUUCACCACAGCCUGAGGUACCUCAGCCGCAGCCUAGGCCUGAGUUUGCUCCUCCAGCGCCCAGGCCUGAGGUUCUGCCUCAGCCAGGGCCCCAGGUUGCUCCCCUGGAGACCGGGCCCGAGGCUGCUCCCCUGGAGACCAGACCCGAGGCUGCUCCCCUGGAGACCAGGCCCGAGGCUGCUCCCCUGGAGACCAGGCCCGAGGCUGCUGCCCUGGAGACCAGGCCCGAGGCUGCUGCCCUGGAGACCAGGCCCGAGGCUGCUGCCCAGGAGACCAGGCCCGAGGCUGCUGCCCAGGAGACCAGGCCCGAGGCUGCUGCCCUGGAGACCAGGCCCGAGGUUGCACCCCUGCCACAGACUAGGCCUGAAGUAAUACCGCUGCAGAGUGAAACAGAUGUCAGUGAGGAUAGUCCUAAAGGAGUCACAAUUGGCAGCUUUUCUGGACUUGUAGUCAGUCAGACAGAUGAUGUCUGCAAAUUCGAGAGAUGUUCACAGGAUAAUUUCAUCUUUGCCCAAACAGCCAAAACCUCAACAGCUUCUCCAUCUGUGUCCUUUGGGGGGGUCCUUCAAAUUGGAAAGUCAGAGUCGGCCGAAGUAACAUCAGUAGCCUCAGUUGACGCAGUUGUGCCCAGGCCAAGUGGAACACCAUAUCCCUCUGCUUCUGCAGUUGGCAGCAGAACGCCCAGUUCAACUAGUGGUGCACAGUCGAGAGGGAGCAAAGCUGAUUUUGUUACAAAGCAAGAAGAGCCCAUCAGUACAGCUGGCCAAAUUGCUGCUGCCAUCGCUGCUAUCAACACUUUGCAAGAUUCAAGUCUUGCUAACUCAUUGACAUCCCUCUCGGUUUCAUUAACUGAAUCCACGGCGCUGUCCAGUCCUGAUGGAAAGUAUACACCUCUUACAAGCAGCUUGAGCACUUCCAGUGCAGCUGAGAAACAGGCAGGUACACAGAGCCCAAAAUCACUGGCAUCCAAACCCUCAAUAGAUUUUGCAGGAAGUCCUACUCUGGCAAGUCCGAGUGGGACGACAUCUCCGUCCGUAUCCACUUCCACGAGCAGUCAGUAUGUACCAGGACUGAUCAUUACUCCAGAGUCCAGCACGAUUUUGGUGCCAUCUGUUGGACUCACUGACCAACAGCCUCCGUUGAUGGGCAGUGUUGCAGCAGCGAGCAGCAGCCUGACCACCACCGAACCGCAGUUGGGAGCCACUGUGAUUGCACCGUCUGUGCCAGCCCCCGUGACAACCCAGCCCAGUUCUGUCUCAGCACUCUUUGGUCAGCCCGUGGGCACCAGCACACCGCCGGCUCUGGGCUUCGGUCAGCUCACAACAACAGCUGCCCCGUCCACCUUUGGGCAAGGUACAAAUGGUAUGGCCACCCCGACCAUUGCUGACAGCACCAGCUCAACAAAAGCUGCCUUUGGUCAGCCGUCGGAGCCGGGCGUUGGGCAGGGACAGCAGCAUCCUGCAUCCAGCAGUAGGUUCAGCUUUAAACAGCCCACGUUCGGAGCCCCGUCAUCGUUUCCUCAGCCCGCGUCUACUGCCCCACCUGUGCCAGGGAGCACAUCCUUUCCUGGCAUCCCCACAACCAGUACUGCCACAACGUUUCCAUUUGGACAGACAACUCCCGGCAAUAAUACCAUAUUCGGACAGUCUGGUACCCCAGCGUUCGGACAGAAUGUUAGCUUCGGGCAAGCCCCUGCUUUCGGAACAAGCUCAGCAGCAACUUCUGGAUUCAGCUUUGGACAGCCACCAAGUUUUGGCAGUUCAGCAGGCUCUGUAUUCGGUCAGUCCACAAGCAGUGCUAAUGUCUUUGGCCAGCCUGCUAGCGCACAGUCAGUGUUUGGUUCCCAGGCAUCUGGCGGAGGAUUCUUUAGCGGACUGGGAAGAAGGCCAAGCAUGGAUGCCAGUGCUAGAAAUCCAUUUGGACAGGCCAACUUUGGAUCAGCUGAGGCUGCCAAUGCUCAAAGCCUCUUCGGGAACAGUGGUGCCAAGACGUUUGGGUUUGGCAGUGCCUCUUUCGGAUCAGAUCUGAAGGCGCCAGGCUCGUUCAGUGCAGGUUCCAGUGUUGCUGCUCAAGGCUUUGGCAACUUUUCCACUCCCUCCAAACCGCCAGGUGGCUUUGGUGCUGCUCCUGUGUUUGGCAGUCCGCCAGCCUUUGGUGGCACCCCAACGUUUGGAGGCCUUCCAACAUUUGGUGGCUCACCAGCUUUUAGUGGAACAAUGAGCCCUUCAGGAGGCAAGGUGUUUGGUGAAGGAACAGCGGCUGCCAAUGCUGGAGGUUUUGGCUUUGGGAGCACUGCCAAUGCGCAAUCAUUUGGAAGCAUAGCGAAUCAGUCCACUGUAUCUGGUUUUGGAGGACAUGGGUCUGGCUUUCCAGGCUUUGGGACCAGCGGAGGAGGGUUUGGAGGUGGUUUUGGAUCCACAAAUCAGUCCAGUCAGUCAUUCACCAGUGGAUGGAGGGGCUGAAUUCUAAACAGCAUUGCUUGAUACGUUUUAUAAACUGUACAUAGCUAUACAGAUAUAUAAUGUGUUGAGGUACCCUUGGUAACCCAAGAGGUGGUGUACUUUACAGAGAAUCAUAAACUGCAAAUUAAUCAAGUCCCCGUUGAUCGCUGCAAAAAAUGAGAUUAAAUCAUGUUUGUUACUUUGAGAUAUGUCUUUGUCACAUGAUGUCAUAUUAAUGACAUUUUAUCAAAUAAAAGUUAUAUUUUAAA